UGCAAAGUCACUUCCUGUGUGUUGAGAUUCUACAUGGAAAAAUUCUGAAUCCUUUGCAUUUGACAAGUUUUUAGUUAGGAUUCUCGAUAUGGCGAAAGACUAUGACCAUCUUUUUAAACUCCUUAUUAUCGGAGACAGCGGUGUUGGAAAGAGUAGCUUAUUACUGAGAUUUGCAGAUAAUAUGUUUUCUGGUUCAUAUAUUACAACAAUUGGUGUAGAUUUUAAGAUCAGAACAAUAAAUAUUGAUGGUGAAAAAGUAAAGUUACAAAUAUGGGACACUGCUGGUCAAGAACGCUUCAGAACAAUUACUUCAACAUAUUAUAGAGGAACACAUGGUGUUAUAGUUGUAUAUGAUGUUACCAGUGCUGACACAUUUGUAAAUGUAAAGAGAUGGUUACAUGAAAUUGAUCAAAAUUGUGAUGAUGUUACACGAAUAUUGGUUGGUAAUAAAAAUGAUUGUCCUGAACGUAAAGUAGUGGAAACUGGGGAUGCACAAAAAUUUGCUCAACAGAUGGAUAUUCAAGUAUUUGAGACAAGUGCAAAAGAAAAUAUUAAUGUUGAAGAGAUAUUUAAUGCAAUCACAAAAAUGGUUCUUCAAAAAAAGAAGGAGCAGCAAGCAAAAGCAAGCGAACAGUCUGGAACAAUCAAAGUCCACCAAAAACAACAUAAGAAGAGAUGGUUGAAAUGUGUUAUUUUGUAGUCAAAUGAAUUUAGCAGUAGAAUAAUGAUCUCCUUAACAUUAAUUGUUGCUGAGACUUAUGGUCACUUAUCCAAUUCCAGCAAGUCCUCAUCCAAGGRAUGAGGUUUUCUAAAGGAUAAAAUAUUACUGCAAGAUGGUAGAAAAGGUUUAUUCUGACUUACAGCCUCUUGAAAUUAAAAGCAGCUAGAUUACACACAGAGAGAGAUUAUUUGAGCAGCAGUUUGGGUUAUAAUGGCAUCAUUUUCAACCUAAACGUUUUGAUCUUUUAUAAUAAUUAUACAUUCAAAUUAUUUUGAGUCACAGAAAUUCUUAGCAAAUUCUGAGCUGCAAAUUAGGGCUCAGAAAAAAUCUUAGACUUGAUUUGUGGUGUAUAAUCACCUAUUGCCUUAGAGAUGCUUGCAUGUGAGAAGUUUUGGAGUAUGUCCUCCUUAAAGAUUUGUAAUCUGGCCUCCUGGCAAAUUCCUUCACAUAUGGCAAGAUCUUUGAGGUCACCCAAGGAAAUUAUGCUUUUUUGCUGUUUUUUUUUAGCAGACAAUUUAAGUUAAAAUGAAAUUAAUGUUUAUUAGAAAAGCAAUCUCUAGCAUGCUUGGAGUACCAAAACCUAUMGUAUGUGGUUAACUUACAACCUUUGYAAAAAAUGCUCUGUCCUGCUCAAGAAUUGUCACUUACCUAUUUACUUUUCUUUUUCCAAAAAGCAGAGAACUUUCAAAGUUUCAAACACUUUUGUAAUGAUUUUGUACAUAUGAAUGCUGUCUGCUUGUAGAUCAAUAUUGUAAUAUUUGUUUUAUGUUAUAUUACAGCUAUGGCUGAAAUAAWGAAUUACAUGAAUUUCAAAGCUUUG